CCUGUCCUGUCACACAAGGCUCAGUGCAUAUUAGUAGCAAGACAAGCCUGGAGUCCCUUCCUUUAGUAGCUCGGUCUCUGGCCAUCUGUACGGCACGCCAGUAAGUUCAUUUCUCCCUGGUACUUUUGCUUCACUAUCAGGAUGGGACAGUGCUUCGUUACUGGGAGGUGGGUGGACCUGUAAACCAUUCCACUGGGAUGCUCUAUCAUGUUUCCUAAGGGAGUAGCCUGGAAUGCUGAAUGGUGGUGGCUCCUGUGUCUAAUGUCUUAUACAGUAGAAUGCUGCGUCCUCCUAGAAGGUCCGAUUAGGUUUAUAUGAUACUCGUGUGCUUCGCUGUGUCUUAUACAGGAUACUCAUGAAUUCCGCAUACUCCGAAGCAGAAAAAGAUAAUAUACCUUUAAGAUCCAUUUUGUAAUGUAAGAUCCUGCCAUGUAUUCACCAAAAGGAUUAUUUAUCUGCCUUCCUAACAGCGGUCCGUAGUAUCGAAACAUCUAACCGUCCUUCAUUAUGUAGGAUGCAGGUAGGAUCCUGAGAAUCGAUCAUCGAUAUAAUGAAGAAGCCAAAAAGUUGCUUAUCAUGUCUUCAACGACAGAAAGUUACCGUCCUCUUGAUCGCUGUGUCCUUGCUGUGUAUUUUGAAGCUUUUAAGAGUUGAGUUAAUAUUUCCUAGAACUGAAAGUUAUUUUGUGGAGCCAAAUAUUUUCUCUUCUGUUACCAACAAUUUUAUACCCAAUGACCUGACUAGCAGCAUCAACUGUACCUCCAUAUACGAACUGGAACCCAUGGAGAUUGGAAAGAGUUUACAACUUAGGAGAAGACGCAUAUAUGAUCUUGACGACUCAAACGUUGUGACAAUGACAAAUAAUUGUGAUGACUAUAAAAAAGUACGUCACUACCAUGAAAAACUCUCAAAAAUCUCUCAGGACGAGAAAGACUUUCCAAUAGCUUAUUCACUGGUUGUACAUAAAGAUGCUAUAAGUGUGGAACGCCUCCUGUACUCCUUAUACAGUCCAACUAAUAUCUAUUGUAUCCAUUAUGACCAAAAAUCUUCCUCCAGCUUCAAGAAAGCCAUGAUAAACCUAGCCAACUGUUUCCCCAAUGUUUUCAUUGCGUCAAAACUUGAGUCAGUAAUUUAUGCUCACUUUUCAAGACUACAAGCUGAUCUCAACUGUUUGUCUGACUUGCUAAAGUCACCUGUGCAAUGGAAAUAUGUCAUCAAUUUGUGCGGCCAGGACAUGCCACUAAAAUCUAAUUAUGAACUUGUCUCUGAGCUGAAAAAGCUUAAUGGAAAUAAUAUGUUGGAGACAACACUACCAACAGAUAUAAAGAGGGAUCGCUAUACCUUCCAUCAUGAGAUCAGCUUUGUGGGAAAUCUUGUUUAUGCACAGAUGCCAAUGAAAACGUUUACAAAAAAAUCUCCUCCGCCUGAAGGUAUUGAGAUGUAUGUUGGAAGUGCCUAUUUUGUAUUAAGCCGUCCAUUUAUUCAGUAUGUCUUUGAAUCACCGCUAGUUGCACAAUUUUUAGAGUGGAGUAAAGACACUUAUUCACCAGAUGAGCAUUUUUGGGCUACACUAAUUCGGGUGCCAGGUGCACCAGGGGGACUUUCAAGGACAGAAUCAGAGGUUACAGAUCUUGAUAGCAAAACUCGACUAGUAAAAUGGAUAUAUCUUGAGGAAAAUCACUAUCCACCUUGCACAGGAACACAUGUCCGAAGUGUGUGCAUUUAUGGGGCGGCUGAACUUCGAUGGCUCCUACAUUCAGGUCACUGGUUUGCAAAUAAGUUUGACCCAAAAGUAGACCCUAUAUUAAUUAAAUGCUUGAUUGAGAAGAUUGAAGAGCAGCAGAGGGACUUGGUUUCCAUGUCAUUCAGAUGACUUCCUACUGUUAUGGGAAGUAAUGAGCUUUUUCUUGAAUUUAUAUAUAUCCUGCUCAGGGAAAUAUGUCUUUUAUCCAUAAUCUAUAAAUUAUUUUCAUUUUUGUAGAAUGAUAACUGUUCACAAAAUGCUUAAAGGGGUUCUCUGCUUAUUUUAUAUAGAUGACCUAUCCUCAGGUCAUCAAUAUCAGAUCGGCAGGUGGGCAACUCCCGGCACCCCUGCAGAUCAACUGUUUGAAGAGACCACAGUGCUUGUGCGAGCACUGCCUUUUCUUUACUAUUUACCUGCUCACCAUCACAAUUGCAGCAGUGAGCAGGUUUAAUUACAACUCUGCCAUCCCAUUCAUCUGAAUAGGAAGGAGUGGGAUGGCAGAGUUGUAAUUAUACCUGUUCACUGCUGCAAUUGUGCCAGAGAGCAUGUAAACUGUGAGGAGAACGCAGCGCUCAUAUGAGCACUGCCUUCUCUUCAAACAGCUGAUUGCCGGGUGUCGGACCCCCGCUGAUCCGAUAUUGAUGACCUAUCCUGAGUAUAGGACAUCAAUAUAAAUAAAUAAAAAGCGAUGAAUUAGGCAUUUAUCUGCAUAUUAUUCUUUGCACUAUGGACACAAUAUUUCCUGAGUUCUGUCUCUCGCUUUUCACAAUAGGCCUCAUUUAUCAAAAU